UUCACAUAUAAAUCAUCACUGGUUUUAUAUAUUGAAACUAAAACUUAAAAAUAAUAUAUAUGCCGUGGCAAUUGACUUAAGAGUUAUGACAUUGUAUUCGUAGUAUAUAUUAAUUUAAAGGAAAAUCGUAUCCUUGUAAGCAAUUAAUUAGUUUUUAAUUAACAUUAAAUACAAAUGAAGAUUUUAUCAAAGUGGCGCUGGUGCGAAGUAGAAACGAUGUGCGGUCGUAGCCUAAAAGAAGGUGUCAUGUUCGUGGGGCUGUCUUCUUUGUUAAUUUCCAUAGUACUAUUAUUUUCCUCUGUGAGAUUUCUCUGGACUAACACACAACCCAUGAUGGCAGUCAACUUGAUUUUCAGUCUAAUGGCAUCCUGUCUCUCCCUAUACCAGAUUGUAAUAUCAAUACUACUCGUUUGGCAAACAAGACAGAUCAAAGGCAAUAUAUUUCUGUGCUCUCUGUGGUACGUAUCUCACUUAUCAUUGCUGACGAUAUACUGCUUGCUAUUCAUUUCCAAGAUCGUCGUCUACUGCCAAUAUCAAGAUUACUCUGCAGCCGCACUCACUAUAGCUAUUGGUAUCAUUUACGAAGUAACAUUCACAUACUUUGCGAUCGUCGUCAACAGUUACCUACACUCACUGAAUCAGGAGAGAUAUCUUUAACGUUUACGUGUAAUAACGUUUGAGUG